UCAUCAGCGUCAAAAUCAGGAUGCGAUGAAUGGUUGGACAUGAUCUUUUUAGUGUUAGACGGAUUAUUAUCAGGCGUAAUUAUAAUCGGCAAUGGAGUAACUUGUCUUAUUCUCCUGAGAAACAGCCAUUUCAGAAGCUGUUUUAUGAACACUUUCCUCGUAAGUUUGGCUGUUGCGGAUAUUUUAAUGGCUGUGUUUGUGAUGCCGGGUGAGGUGAUCUUUUGUACAAGUUGCAGCCAACCAGUCAGCGAAUAUUGCUGGCUAAUCGGUUCCGUGAGGUAUUUUGUUUUUUCGGCAACGAAACUCAAUCUGCUCGCCAUUACCUACGACAGAUACACAGCGGUGAUGAGUCCUCUAAAGUACAACGCAAAAAUCAACUUGAAGAAAGUCAUCUCGAUUCUUUCAUUAGUAUGGACGUUUCCCAUGAUUUUAACACUGAGCCGUUUAGUUUGGUGGAUCAAGCUACCUCAGCAUCAAGCUUUAUACGCGGACCGUAUCUUUAACACGUGUCUUAUAUUCUCGCUGGUUACUCUACCUGUUGCUGUACUAUUAGUUGCGAACCUCAGGAUUGUAUUGGAAAUCAGGAAACAGCAUCGUCGAGUGAACACAAUGGACAAUGCAAGCGUAACAGAAACUUGCUCAAGUAGCAACAAUGCAAGCAAUAAGCACAGGCGGAAAACAUCGCGUCAGGCGGGAAGAAAGGGAACAACGGCUUGCGUUCUUGUGGUGUUUAUUUUUGUGAUGUGUUGGUUUCCCAGGGGAUUGUAUAAUAUUUUCAGGCUGUUUGGCAAAGAAGAAGGGCCGUUGUUGAGGGAACUAAGCCUGUUUUUCCUGUUUGUUCAGUCAGCCAUUAAUCCGUUCGUAUACUCGUUUUACAGAACUGAUUUUAGACGUGCGUUGGUAAGACUUCUGCGAUGUCGUUAG